CGACAACUACUUACUUAGGGAAUGGUAUUCCUUCCUCCUGCUAUCAAGACAGUCUGUGUAUCCUAGAAUCUCUAGUAUCUUAGUAAAUGGAUUUCUUGGAUUUCUCAACUCCCUCUUCUCAGGCCAAGCUACGUCUUGAGCCCUUCAAAGUCUCCAUCCCACAAGAAGACAUUGACGAUCUAAUAUCUCUGGUGAGAGCGGGACGGAUAGCUAAGAAAACGUAUGAGAAUACUCAGACGGAAGAGAACUUCGGUAUAACGAGGGACUGGUUGAUGCAUGCUCGAGAUCAAUGGUUGGAAUUUGACUGGCGCAAACAAGAACAACGCAUCAACUCGAUACCUCAAUUCACUACUCUCCUCGUUGGUCGAGAUGGACACGAAUAUAGAAUACACUUUAUGGCUCUUUUCUCUUCCAAGAAAGAUUCUAUCCCCAUACUUUUCAGUCAUGGCUGGCCGGGAUGUUUUCUGGAAUUUCUACCGAUGUGUGAAAUGCUCAUCAAGCGUUACUCUCCCGGGGACUUACCAUACAACAUUAUUAUCCCCUCUCUGCCAGGCUAUACUUUUUCCGAUGCUCCUCACUUAGAGUCCGAUUUUGGAGUCCCUGAUAUCGCUUAUCUUUUCAAUGGACUGAUGCGUGGUUUAGGGUACGAUAGAUAUGUAGCUCAAGGUGGAGAUAUAGGUUCUGCUAUCUCUUCAGAGCUUGGAAGGGAAUACGACAGUUGUGUGGCCGUCCAUCUCAAUUACAAAAAUCCCUAUCUACCUCCUAAGGGGACUAUCGAACGCGAGAGGAUCAUGAUUAGAGGAGGACCUCAUUUUGAUGAUGCGGCGACAUUCAUGCAACCGUUUGGUUAUGCAUUGGAACAAGGAACAAGACCUUCGACUAUAGGUUUAGUCUUGUCCACCUCUCCUCUUGCUCUUCUAGCUUGGAUAGGCGAGAAAAACCUAGAAUGGGGUGAUAAGUGGCCUGGACUAGAGACGACGCUCACUUUCGUAUCGCUCUAUUGGUUCACAAACACUUAUCCUUCCAGUAUCUAUCCUUACCGUUGGACGCAAGGCAUACAUCGUCCUCCUGCCGAAAAGGACGAAGCUUGGAUAUCUAAACCGACUGGAUACUCGAAGUUUGGAGGUGAAAUGUGUGAUACGCCCAAAGAAUGGGUGGCUCAGAUCUCAAACCUGGUGUGGUCUCGGGAACACGACGGGGGAGGUCACUUUGCUGCUCUCGAGAGACCUGAAGAGUUGUUUCAAGACGUUGAUGAUUUUGUCAAAGCCGCGUGGGGAAUGUCGCCCAAGCUCAGAAGACCUGAUUAAACGAUAUCGCUGCAUGGGGCCAUAUAAACUUGUACCACCACAUCUUGCAGGUCUUACUAUCACUUCGUAUAAGUUCUAAAGUAGAAUGAUAUUAGUUGUACUCGUACGAUAAU